AUGGCCCAAGGACAAGUCAAAAAGUCAUCAAACCCCUCCUCAAACAAACUCUCGACCUCUGGAGGAAUCACCAAGAAAGGCUCGCGGACCAUAACGCCAAAAAAAGCGAAGUUGUUGAAGCAAGCCAAGAUUAACAAGAAGUACACCGCAGGGCUUACCGCGAAGACAGAGGCCAUGCUGGGCGCGCGUGCAGGACAUCUGGAGAUGUUGGGGCAGGCGAGGAAGAAGGACGGCGCAGCUGCGGGCAACAGUAAGGGAAAGGACGGCAAGAAGAGUGGGAAGAAGCCUUGA